AUGGUUAAGUUCCACAAAGUUUGGAGAGAAAUUGAAAAGGCUAACAAAUUUUCUGAUUUACCUGAACUUGAUAAAGAGAGUGUAAAAUUGGAGUUUGACGAAACAAAAACAGGGUUCGAAGGCACUGAGGAUGCUGAUGCCAGUGGUCUUACCAGAAUUGAGAAAGAGGAUUGGUAUGAAGCCGAAACCGGUCUAGCCAAAGACGGAGCCACCGAAAGAAUUGCUUUCAACCAUGGUUGGAAAGAACCUACCCAAAUUAGGGAAGGUGAAACUGACUAUAAGAUUUAUGACUUGGAGAUAACUAGUGAUAUUAUUGAACAAGAAACAAUUAAAGUUAAAGUAUUGGAAGUAGGAAAAGCAGAAUUAGACCAACUUGAUUUUGACACCGAAUUAACUGCCCAACUAGAUAAUUUGAAUUAUGCUAAAUUGCCUGGGGGUUAUAAAAGGACAGAUUUAGAAAAGUUACUUGAUAAUGAUUUUAUUGAUGAGUUUAUCGGUCAAGCAGGAGAAGCAAGAACUUUUGCGAAUAAUCCUGCUAAUCGGGCAGCAGUUUUGGCUUAUCGCAAGACCGGUGCCAGUUUUUUAACCGGAGCGGAAGCGGGUACUAUUUAUAAUAAGGGUUGGAAAAAUCCUGACUUAAUUGAGAUUAAUGAGGACGAAAUAUGGGCUUAUAGCAAAAAUGGGAAGGUUUCGGUAAAUAUCGCUUUCCAAGUGUUCCAAAAUCAUUGGUUGGCUGAUGAGUUUAAUUUCGAUUCCUCUAAUAGAGCACUUAUUCCCUCAUAUAGUAGUUAUGGCGAACCCGCCGACCGAAAUUUAGACGCUACCCUAACUGAUAAACAGCAGUUAGAUAAGAUAAAUGAGAUAAUUAAGAGAAUAAAAACUGCUUCGCGAAGCACCGAUUUACCAACCGAAGAGGAAAUUAAUGACUAUGAUGAUAGCAAAGUGAGUGGAACGGAAAUUUCUGAUUAUGCUAACCAACUAAAAGACCAAAUUGCCCAUGCCAAAGUUCAACCGGAUAUUAAUGAGAUAACUAAUAAACUUAAUGCCAGUCCCGCCGUUAGUCUGAACCUAAAUUAUGUUGCUGAAAUGAUAAAUUUAGCGGACAAAGAUACCGACCGAGCCCGCAAAAAAGCGGAAAUAAUGACCCAAAUUGAACACUUGCGACAAGCGAAAAUUGCCCAACUCGAAACUGAAAGGAAACAGCAAGAAGAGGCUGAAAAGCAACGCCAAGCAGAGGAAGCCAAACAGCAAAAAAUCUCGCAACUUAAAACCCUUAUCACUUCCGCUAAGGCAAUUUUAGAAAAAAUGGGAGCCAGCCAAGCCGAAGUGGAGCAAGCCAUUAGUAGUUUAAAAACUUUAACUACGGCAACCAGUGAUAUGAGGUUUGACUUGCCACCUCCUCCAACACCGGCACCGGAACAACCUAAACCCACUCCGCCGCCUUUCCCAGUUAAUGAAAAUUGGCGUUCACUAGUGGAGGAAGUACAACAAACCCUUCAAGCCGAACAGCAAGCAACUAAAACUGAGGUUCAAACUGAUUUGCAGGCUGCUCAAUCUCCUCAGGCUACCGUAGCCGACCAAGUUAAAGCCAUUAAAAACUUAGGUAAAAUUGAUGGUGAGGAAGAUUUGGCGGAAGAAAAAACUCAACUAGAAAGUGUGGCUGAAACAUUAUUCAUCCAAGACCGAUUGGAAUGCCUAAAAGGAUUUAUCGGAGCGAUUGAAGAAAACUUGAAAAAAAAUAACCUGACAACAGAGGAAUUAACUGAUAAAACAAAUCAAGAUAUAAAAGAUAUAAAAGAUAUAAAAGAUAAGUUAGAGGUCAUUCAUCAAUCGGUUGGGAACACCGGAGUUAAAAAGCAGUUAACCGAAUUAGAAGAAAAAGUGGUUCAAGUAGUGAAAACUGGCGAAAAAGAACAAAUUGAAAAGUUAAAAAAAGAAAUCUUAACUUUUGCUUGUAGUAAUAAUGUUUAUAAAAAAGCCCAUCGCGAACGAGCUCAAUCCUUACUGAUUCAGUUAGAAAACAGCACUCAAACUCAAUCCUCCCAAAAAUUUCCGUUUGAAUGA